ACAAGUCAACAAUUCAAUAUUUUUAUUUUGAUUAAUAAAUAAAUAAAUAAAAAUGAAUAUUUUAUUUUUUCAAUUGAUUCUUAUUACUCUUAUGACAAUACAAAGUGUUUAUACUACUGAAAUUGAUACUGAAUCCAAUGAAGUCUCAAAUGUAAAAAACGAAUCAUCAAAAUAUGGCUCAUUGAGUGGACCAGAAUAUUUAUGGCUUGACAAUACGAGAAAAUGUUAUCGAGACGUUUAUACAGAUGAUGUAAAUAACGUGUAUCGUCCAGUAAAUGUUGGUGAAAAUUACUAUGGUCAGCCCUACCAUGUAGGGAAAGCAUGUCAAAGUUCACAUAUUUUACCUGGCAGAGUUGAGUGUAAUGAUAACCGUGGAUAUAUAUCUAUUGGUUAUAAUGAUCGUGAAUUUACUACAAAUCAUUUCAAGAUGCUAAUGAUGAAUGUUCAUACUAAUUAUCAUUGGAUGCCAGCAAGUCAUGGUCAUGUACCCUUAAAUGCUGUAGAAGGUGGAGCUUAUCAAUGUGAAAUUCUUUAUAUUGGACGUGCAUAUUAUCAAAACAAACUACUGCCUGGAAAGAUUCAUCCAGGUAAUAGAUGCUGCUAUAUAACCUGGGAAGGCCGCGAAAUACCAAUCCAAAAUUAUGAAGUAUUAGUAACUGGCAGAAUUGAUUACUUUUAAAAAAAAAAUAAUAAUCAAAAAAAAAAAAAUAAUAUCAACAAUACAAAAACAAAU